AUGUCAUCACCAAGUUUAUGUUCACCAAAUUGUCUACUACAGACACAAGAUUAUUUUGCCAUCAAAAGAAAUAAUAAAGAAAGAAAUCAUUCCACACCUGAUGGGAGAUUAAAUUUGAAUAUCAGGCAUCAUAAUUUUAAUGAUUCUAUUAGUUCUAUGACAUCAGAUUCAACUGUUGAUUCUGAAUUGAAAAAGACUGAUUCCAUUAUUUCUUCAUCAACACUUAUUGAUGAAAGUCCACAAAUCUUAGCAACAAAAUUACCCACGUUAUCAAUAAACGAAGAAAAUGAAGAAAAGAAAGAUUUAUAUGGAGAAUUAUCACCAUUUAAUAAUUUGAAUCAUUAUAAAGUAAGAGCCAGUAGUCUUGUUGAUUUGAAUUUCCAACCACCUCCAUUAACAAAACAUGUAAGUAGUCCUACCAUUAAAACAUUCAAUGAGAUUAAACGACCUCAUCAAGAUUAUACUGAAAGUAUUAAAGCAUUAUCACCAAAUAUCGAAUAUUUAGAUUCUGAUCAAUUACAAAAUACCUUGAGUCAAUUAUCUAUUGAUAAAGAUUUAAAUUUACCUAAUAUGUUAAUUAUAGAUGUAAGAUCAUUUACUGAUUAUAUUACCAAUCAUUUGAAAUAUGCCAUUAACAUUUGUUUACCUUCAACAUUAUUGAAAAGACCAAAUUUCUCAUUUAUAAGAUGUGUUAAUUCCUUACCUUUAUAUGAAAAGUUACUUAUCAAAUCAUAUUAUAAUAAUGAACAACUGAAUAUAAUGAAUAAUAAUCAAAAAUCAUCACUUGAACAAAUCAAAUGUUCAAAAUUUGGAUUCCCCAGUAUUUUGAUUUAUGACACUACCAACAAUUCAAUUAAUAUGUAUUAUAUGAUUAAGAAGAUCUUACAAGAUAAGAAUGAUGUAACGAUUUAUAUUGCUAAUGAAGGAUUUGGGGAUUUGAAUAUCAAGGAAGAAUUUUCAGAAACUGGUAAUAAACCUUUAUUUAAUGUUGAUGAUUUAAUGAAUAAUGAUACCAAUUUAAUGACUUCCAUUCCAAUUACAAAAGCUCCCAACAAGCUUAAAACACUUAAUGUUGGCCCUCAUUUAGUACCACCCGAUAGAUUCAGAUCAAAUUCUUUGAAUGAUUUAAGAUCCCCUGUAGAAUCCAGUACGCCUGUUUUAUCCAAUUUCAAAUUACCACCCACAGCAUUAACUCCAUCAUUCAAAAUUAGACAUAAUGAAGAAACUUUUGAUCAUAAUAAAUUAGGUAUUGAUUUACUUACGAAAUAUGAUUUGCAACAUAGGAAACUUCCUUCUUGGAUAAAUCUUCAAAGACUUCAAGAAUCUAAAUUGAUUGCAGAAUUCAAUAAUAUUGAGACUUUUGAAAAGAAUAGAUUAAAUAAUAUAUUAAAUAUCAACAAUAAUGGUAUAAACAAGGAAAUAUCUAUCAGUUCAGGUAUUGAAAAAGGUCAUAAAAAUCGGUAUAAAGAUAUAUUUCUUUAUGAUCAUUCACGUGUUAAAUUGAAAGAUUUUAAUCAACCUCAACAAUGUGAUUAUAUUAACGCUUCAUAUAUUAAUUCCAUUGAUAAGUUGUAUAACACUGAAAAUAUCAAUAAUUUCAAGUAUAUUGCAUCUCAAGGUCCUUUGAAACAUACCAUUGGGGAUUUCUAUAAAAGUAUCAUCAAUAAUAACACCAAGUUGAUCAUUGCUUUAACUGACGAGUUUGAAAACGGAAUGAUCAAAUGUGAUCCUUAUUGGGCUCCAGGAAUCUAUUUCAGUAAUGGGAAUAAGAUUGCCAUCAAGAUCAAUAGCGUGGAAAAAGCUAAUGAUAAUUUGAUCUUUAGAAAAAUUCAAAUAACCACUGAUACUGACACAAGAGAAAUUGUUCAAAUUCAAUUAUUGAAUUGGUUAGACAAUGAAAUCUGUGGUAAUUUUGAUGAUUUAAUGAAGAUUGUUAGAUUCAAACAAUCAUUGAUGAAAGAUCCUGAAGUCGGAAUCAAUGAUUAUGCUACUUUGAUCCAUUGUUCAGCAGGAUGUGGUAGAACAGGAACUUUCAUCACUAUUGAUUCAAUCAUUAAUUUGAUUGAGAAUAACGUGGUCAUCAAUGAAGAUAUCAUCUUCAAUAUCGUGGGUAAUCUAAGAUUACAAAGAAUAUCAAUGGUUCAAAACUUGAGACAAUUUAUUUCUAUAUAUGAAAUGGUAAUUAGGUACACCAUCAAUGAAUAA